GAAAUGCAUAUUUAUCAAAAUUACUAAAAAUCUCAAAUGGACCAGAAAAAUAAAAGGAAGGCCUUUUAUCAUCGUCGUCUUCCUAAUGUAAAAGACAAGCCCAUUGAUCACUGAGAGAAGAGUCGCUCAGUAAUUCUCAAAGCAGCCAGGCCGAACAAAACUCAAAAAUAAUUAAAAAAUCGUCGCCAUUUUUUUUUUCUUAAGAGCGAAAUGCAUAAAUUUACACAAAGGACUUGAUAGAGAGAGACUCGACAACGUGCUCAUGGCUGGCAUUUGCAGGGAGCUGUUGUAUUUUAGGGUUAGUUCAUGUCGUUUUGAGUGAGGGCAACGACGUUGAAGGAGGGUCCGAAGCUUCAAAACCCUAGAAGAGAGAUAAAGAGGUAACGAGAGUGCUAAAAAAGAGCGGGAACGUUUCAGGUGUUCCCCGGUGCUUUGCCCUAGCUGCCAAUUGUUCGACUCGGUAUCCAAAUUCAGAUAUCUAUUGUAGGUGUUUACCAAUACCUUCUUUUUUGCAUCAAUGGGAGGGGCCAGCCUGUAGAUUUAUAGGGAGGGAUGCAUGGAUGCAGCUUGGGAUCUGCAUUGUUAUUAAAUGCUGAGGUUGAUUCUAUGGGAGGGGUUGUUGACAGCGGAGUUGACAUUGGUGUCAAGACCUCUCUGCGUAGAGCAGCUAUUGAGAAGGCUCAAGCAGAGCUUAGGCAGGAGUUUGUUGUUCGUGAGGAAAGGAGAAGGGAACUAGAGUUUCUUGAGAAAGGUGGCAAUCCGUUGGAUUUCAAAUUUGGCAAUGCAGCUUCAGUUAGUGUCCGGUCUACUUCUCUCACUGAUCAGCAAGCAGAACAUUUGGUUACCAGUGAUGCAAAAGGUAGUUUUGCACCCACUGCCUCACCUCAUGGUGAUUCCGUAGAGAGUAGUGGAAGACCAGGGAUUCCUGCAGUUUGUGAACCCAGUAGUGCUGACAGUCUCUUACUAUUUUCUGGUGAAAAUGAGUUGCCUGAAGGUGAAAGGAAGUCUAUGAAAUCUCGUAAGUGGAAUACUGUUGUUCCAUCAGAGCAAUCUUCUCAAAUGGAUGGAGCUCAAAAUACCAAGGAAUCAGAAGAUUCUGCUAUUUUUCGCCCAUAUGCUCGAAGGAACAGGUCCAAAAUAAAUCGAGAUGGAGCACGAUCUAGUCCAAAAGAUAUUGUUCAGGGUCGAGGUGGUCAUGGCCCUUGUUUACCUGCUCAUGUAGCAUCGAAGGAUGUGAAGGCUUUGACUUCUGAAACAAAUAACCAAAAGGGAAAGAACAUACACUGUGUCGAUGCCACAAAAUUGACAACUUCAGAUGGUGAUUUGGCUUCAAAAAUGAUAACUUCUGAUAAUCAGUUCAACAUGGCGUUUGAUGGUGGUCAGGCUACAGAAGAAACAACUGAUCAAUCAAAAGGUGAUAUAUCCGAAAGCAAGGUUGACGUCACAUUUUCUAAAAGCUUGAUCGAUGACCUGCAUAAGGAAACUGCUCAAGUUGAGGCUGAUAAAUCUCCAGUUAAAUUGGUUCCUGCAGAGUCUUAUCUUGUUGCAGGGAAGGAGCAGGGAGUUUCAACUGGUCUUGAAGAAUCACCUGCAACAGGUACAACAAAAGCUGAAAAUGGAACUGAUUAUAACCAGCUAAAUGGGUUUGGUGAUGCCAAAAGAGAUGAGAAAAAACCAAUUGAAGGGCAAAAUAGCAGUGUGGCAAUAGGGAUGAAGGGAUUAGAUUCAGAGUCCUCUUGCACUCAAAACAGUUUAAGAUUAGAUGUAAAUAAUGAUAAAGAUGUAUGUAUAAAUCCAAAAAAUGUUGAUUCUAAUGGAAAGCUCGUGGAGAAAACAUCAGAAAAAGAGGAGUCACUAAACUUAGCUGUUGGUGAAAUGGCAAAACAAAACAGUGAGAUUAAGGCCGUUGAUAAUGGUGCUGUUGUUCUUGAUACUUAUAGACCUGUGAUUCAAAAUGACUCUCUGAAUGAUUCUACUUUCAAAGUGGUGGAAGAAAUUAGAUCUGAAUUGCAAAAUGAGGUGAGCUGUCUAUCCAACGAUGAGGCACAACGAAGUAGUCAUGCUGUAUCAGAAGCUGAAAGGGAAGUUAGUACUGUGCCAGGUGAUAAUUCUAAUUCCUGCAAGGAAAACUUUUCGUCUAGUUUGCCUCAAGGUAAAAUGGACAACACUAUUUGUGAGAUUCCUGGCACAACUUUGUUAGGAAUAACCUCUAUUGCUAUUCCUGACACUCAAGCUAGUUUGGAUAAUCAUGUGAAAGUGGUGGACAAGGCACAUGAAGAUUCCAUUAUGGAAGAGGCACGGAUUAUAGAGGCUAAGCGGAAAAGAAUUGCAGAGUUAUCUGUUGCUAGCUUAUCUGUGGAGAACUGCCAAAAAUCUCACUGGGACUUUGUUCUUGAGGAAAUGGCAUGGUUGGCAAAUGAUUUCGCUCAGGAGCGUCUUUGGAAGAUGACUGCUGCUGCUCAAAUAUGUAGACGUGUUACUUUUACUUUGCGAUUGCAACUUGAAGAAAAGAAUCAGUAUUGGAAACUCAGAAAAGUAGCUUUAAUCCUAGCUAAUGCUGUCAUGGACUUUUGGCAUUCAGCACAGGUGCUUCUAAAUAGUAGGGAUGCAAGUCUUGGUCCAAAAAACUGUGGCUAUGAUCUAGUGGGGCCACAGGCUGAUGAAGUUCUUAAGAACAACAAUGCAGAACUUGAUAUGGAUACAAAUAAGGAGCAGCAGCAGCACCCUGGAAAUGACAAUGAACUUGCUAUUCAGGCAUAUGCUCUUAGAUUUUUAAAAUAUAGCAGUUCCUCUGUUCCAUCACGUCAAGCUGAUACAGCAGCAACUUCUGACAGGAUAUUUGACUCAAGCAUUAUGGACAGCUCUUGGGAUGAACACCUAACUGAAGAAAGCCUCAUCUAUGCAGUUCCUUCAGGUGCUAUGGAAACCUACCGAAGAUCUAUUGAAUUUUAUUUGGUACAGGCUGAGAAAAUUGAGAGUAACGUGCAAGAGGUGGUUGAAACAUCUGUUUAUGAUGCUGGAGCCGAGUUUCCGUAUGGCAACUUUGUGUAUGAUGAGGAUGAAGGAGAAACAAGUAUGUAUUAUUUGCCUGGAGCCUUUCAAGGUAGCAAAUCGUCAAAACUAAACCAGAAGAAGCGGACAAUGAAAAUUAUGAAAUCAUAUCCUCCUGCAAGAUCAUAUGAAAUGGGUUCCAAUUUGCCUUAUGGAAACUGUGCUCAACAAUCAACCUUAAUGGGUAAAAGGCCUGCCAGUGGUCUAAAUGUUGGUCCAAUUCCAACGAAACGUGUUCGCACUGGUCCCAGGCAGAGGGUUUUAAGUCCUUUUAGCUGUGCAGCUGCUGCUGGGGGUUUACAAGCUCCAACAAAAACAGAUGCUUCUAGUGGAGAUAAUAAUUCUUUUCAGGAUGAUCAGAGUACUUUGAAUGGAGGAUUCCAGAUCGAGAAAAGCACGGAGGUUGAAUCAGUUGGGAACUUUGAAAGGCAGCUACAAUAUGACCGUGCAGAACCACCGACAAAAGCUAAAAAGAAGAAAAAAACCAAGAAUCUUGGUUCUGCAUAUGAUGAGGGUUGGCAACUUGAAUCUACUCAUAAUGAACUGGGGAAUUAUUCCAAAAAGAGACCUGAGAGUUCUCAUUUUGAUUCUAAUGGAACCAGCGGUUUAUUUGGGCAACAUAAUGCCAAGAAGCUGAAGAUAAUGAAGCAACAGCUAGAUAACACUUUUGACAUCACUUCAAAUGGAUCAAUCCCUUCACCAGUAGGGUCCCAGAUGAGUAACAUGUCCAACUCCAGCAAAAUCAUCAGAUUAAUUCAUGGUUCUGACAAGAGUAGAAAAUCCAAAACACCUAAGAUGUCUGCUGCUCAGCCUGGUUCUAGUACUCCAUGGUCAUUACUUGAAGAUCAGGCACUUGUUGUCCUUGUACAUGACAUGGGUCCAAAUUGGGAUCUUGUAAGUGAUGCCAUCAACGGUACCCUUCAACUUAAGUGCAUAUUUCACAAGCCUAAAGAAUGUAAGGAACGCUACAAGAUUUUAAUGGAUAGGAGUGGAGAUGGAGCUGACAGUGCUGAUGAUUUAAUGUCUUCUCAGUCAUAUCCAUCCACAUUACCUGGCAUUCCAAAGGGAAGUGCUAGACAGUUGUUUCAACGUCUGCAAGGGCCAGUAGAAGAGGAGACUCUUAAGUCUCAUUUUGAAAAAAUUAUACUUAUUGGCAAGAAACAGCACUACCGGUGGAGUCAGCAUGAUAACCAGGAUUUGAAGCAGAUAGUGCCGGUCCACAAUUCUCAUGUUAUGUCUCUUUCACAAGUCUGCCCAAAUAACCUAAAUGGAGGGGUUCUAACGCCUCUUGAUUUUUGUGAUGCCCCUGCAUCAAGCAAAGACGUUCUUCCCCUAGGAUAUCAGGCUAGUAGUUUAGCAAGAUCGAAUCAAGGAGCUGUGGGACCAAGGCUUCCUGCAUCUGGAGCAAAUUCGUCACUGCAGGGGUCUUCUAAUGCAGUUCUUGGCAGUAAUUUAUCAUCACCCUCUGUUACACUCGAUGCUUCUGUGAGGGAUGGUAGAUUUGGUGUUCCAAGAACAUCUUUGCCAGCUGAUGAGCAGCAUAGAGUGCAACAACAUAAUCCAGUCUUAUCUGGCAGGAAUGUUCAGCAGUCCAACUUGACUCUCCCUGGGGCUGUUUCUGGGUCAGAUCGUGGGGUUCGUAUGCUGGCUGGUGGAAAUGGUGUGGGAAUGAUGUGUGGAAUAAAUAGAGACAUGCCAAUGUCAAGGCCAGGCUUUCAAGGAAUGGUAUCAUCAACAAUGCUAAAUUCUGGCAGCAUGCUCUCCUCUAAUUUGGUGGGAAUGCCUAGCCCUGGAAAUAUGCACUCUGGACCAGGUUCUGGUCAAGGAAACUCUACAUUGAGACCUCGGGAUACCAUUCACAUGAUGCAACCUGGUCAGAGUCCAGAGAACCAGAGGCAAAUGGUGGUACCUGAGCACCAACUGCACGUUCAAGAGAACAGCCAGGGAAUUGCUGCUUUCAAUGGGUUGACUUCUGCUUACCCUAAUCAAUCAACCCCACCGCCUGUUCAGUCAUAUCCAGGUCAUCCCCAGAAGUCCCAGGGGCUGAACAACUCUCUUCAGGGUUCUAAUGGGUCACAGCAGCAAGCAUAUGCCAUGCGCCUUGCUAAAGAAAGGCAGAGGCAGCAGCAGCAGCAGCAGUCUCAUAUGCAUCGGCAACAUCAAAAGUUUGCUGUAUCUAAUACUUUGAAGCCACAUGUCCGACCUCAGACUCAACUUCCCGUAUCUUCUCUUCAGAGUAGUUCCCAGAUUCAAUCUCCAGCUUCAACUCAGGCAUUAUCGCUUUCCCCUCUAACGCCAUCUACGCCAAUAACUCCUAUGUCAUUACAUCAGCAACAAAAAAACCACUUGGUGCCUCGUGGGCUUGGUAGGAGUUCCCGACCUGGUGCUAGUGGGUUGAACAAUCAGAUAGGCCAGCAACAACAGCGGCAGCUUCAACAACAGCAGUUUCAACAAUCUGGUAGGUACCACCCUCAGCAACGGCAACAAACACAAUCUCAGCAGCAAGCUAAACUUUUGAAGGGAGCAGGGAGGGGGAACAUGCAGGUGCAUCAGAACCUUUCUGUUGAUCCUUCUCCUCUGAAUGGCCUUAGCAUGGCCACUAGCAACCAAGCUGCUGAGAAAGGAGAGCAGAUGAUGCACUUAAUGCAACGUCAGGGCCUGUAUUCUGGGUCUGUUAUGAGCCCUGUCCAACCAUCUAAGCCUCCAGUUUCUUCUCAGUCCAUGAAUCAUUCCCAGCCACAGAAAAAGCUACUUUCUGGGGCAGCACCCCCUUCUACAAAGCAUCUCCAGCAGAUGGCUGCACAUUCUGAUAAUAGUUCUCAAGUUCAGGUUUCCACAGCGCCUUCUGUUCAUACACAAUCAGCUGUGCAUCAGUCCGUCCUGCCAGCGGCUAUGGGUCUAAACCGCCAGCACUUGCAGCUACAGUCACAAUCACAUAAAAAGCAGGUUAAUCAAAUUCAGCCUACUGUUAAAAGGAUGAUUCAGCAGAAUCAGCAAGUGAAUUCUGAUCCUUCCAGCAAAUCUCAAGCUGAGCCAGCCCAAGCUGACCAACAGCCCAUGAGUAAUGCUUCACUUAUGGGUACAGCCACAAGCAUGGCAAUGCCUCAGGCUGCUAUUGAUUCAGCUGACAAUGUAUCGGUUGUUUCUCCUUCUGUUGGCCAUCAGGGGAAACCAUCAGAAUCAGUGUGUGAUCUGGGUUUGCCAAAUGUGGCCACUCAAGUGGGACCCAUGGGGAGCCCUCCUCAUCCAAAUUCUGCUCGUAGUGAUUCGCUACCUUCUGUCAGCCAAGGGUUAGGGAAGAGACAAUUAUCAGGUAGUCUACCCUCUAAUGGGAGUACUGAUGGGUCACAGUGGCCACAACAGCCACAGAUACAACAAUCUUCCACAUCGCCACCAUCUCAACAGCCUUACCAGCAGUUACAAAAUCAGCAUAGUUUGCUGCCACAACAGCAGCCAUUGCAACAGCAGUCGCAACAGCAAACUCUGCAUCUACAAGCAGUACAGGGCAGCUUGUAUCACAGGCCUUCUAAUUCUAAGCUGGAAUGAAGCAAUUAGUGGUUGGAGCAGUUCCAACAGCAAUGGGUCCUGGCAUGAUUGAGUUUGUUUGCCCAUGUAACAGCAGUGUACAGAUGAAGCUGGUAAUAUCAUAUUGGCAUUGCAAUGUGGAAAGAGGUUGCUGCUAUUUGCAGGUUAGAAAUACACGGAAAGUAUUGGACAUUUUUUGGGGUUUCUACUUUUUGUUUUUUAGGGCAUCAUGUAUAUAACCACUUAUAGGGAAGUGGAGACAGAUAUAGUGGCAUUUGUACAUAGGUCACAUCUCCCUUUUCCAUGGUUUCUUUCUUUUUGGCCCAGUAGGUCAGUGCAUGUAUUUAUUACCCUUUGAGGUCUAGUGGGUAUCUAGCAAUCAUUGUUAUGGGCAAAAAGCCUUUGGGGAAUUUUGUGAAUAUUAAGGUUUGUUGUGGUGUAGACACUGGUCACUGCUAUUAGAACGACCAGCAGCCGUCACUGCCAUAGCCAUGGCCAUGGCCAUUCCCACCCAAGCAUUUAUUUGUAAUUUGUAAACAGUCAUCAGAUUCUCAUAAUACAAAAAUCCUUUAAUUGGUGCA